AUGAAGGAGCGCCAGCUCCGGAAUGUUGCGAAGCCAGCGGCGAUGAGCUAUCCACACAUCACAGUGACACGUGAGUACGUAGUCAAAAGAGGAGUCAGACACCUUGGAUUCAGGUUUGGUAACAAGCGUAACACCACAAAAAUUGAUCGAUUGGAUAUCAUAAGUGGUAUCUACCCAUUGAACGAAUACUCUCAACCGUUGAAGCAAGGUAUCAAUGUUGUCACCUUUGGAUAUGUGAUGGGCAAUGAUCACCAGAUCAUCAACUUUCCAACAACGAACCAAGAUACCAACAUUUCCAAGUCUCUUGCCAAGUACAUCGACUCACUUGCUAAGGGCAUGAUAGUGAUGGUAGUUGCCAAUUGUCUCAACAUGUCCAAGAUCAGUCUGGAAGACGAUGCUUUCGAGAGUUUGACACUGCUGGGCAGCAAGUACAUCACAAACUUCAAAGAUAAUAAUGACAAUGAUUGUUGGUUCAUAUUUAUGAAGAAGGGCACUCCAUCAGUGUACACUGAGAUGGCAUUCAAUCAUUCAACGCCAUGCACAUCAUCCAUCUAUUUCAAUAUGGUCAUUGAUGAGACCAUCAACAUCUAUGUAACGACAUCAACACCCACAUCCAUACCCUCGGGCAUGUCAAGUGUGAUCAACGUAUCUUUGGGAGGCGUGCCAGCCUCAUUCACAAGUCAUGCCGGUCUGUUGAUGGCUGCCAUUAGUGAGGACGAUGGCAGAGUGUACUUUGCACGCAACUAUGAUGUCACUAGCACGUCAAGCUUGAGCACACUUCAGAUGAUCACUGACAUCAUGUCUAUCACCGUUGGUACAUUGGUUGUGAUCUGCACUGGAGUCCCAAGUCAAGACUUUGCCAUAUCAUAUAACCUUGCAUUCGCAAUUAGUACACUUGGUGCCAAGACAACCAUAUGCUCUAUCACAUCAGCUACAUCAUAUGCUGUGAUUGGACGGAAGGGUUCACCUGGCUCAGUCCCCGAGAACCUCUCAAUCACUGGACCCGUUACAUUGUUCACCAACUUCAAGAGACAAUACAAACCUGUCAAACCUUACAUCCACAUCAAGGCAGUGUCAUAUGCAGCCCCUACUGGACCAUCAGACCCUUCGUAUAUCUUCAUCAAUGGACUACCAGUGUAUGGUACAUUUGGAAAUGGUUUGAAUGUUGUUGCGAUUAAUCCAACAAAUAGCACCGUGAUCUUUGCCAACAACUAUGAUACAUCAGAUGAGACAAGGAAGCCACGACAAAGUCUCAAGUUCACUCAUGAUAUCACUGACCUGCCCGAGGGUACCAUUGUGGCAUUGUCAACAAUGGGCCGCGCCAGCGAUUACCUCGCCGAUGCCAGGGCAACAGUCUCCAAUUAUCUCGGAUCAUAUUUGAUAUCAUCAUACACUGAUAAUCAAUCAUUUUGUUUGAUUUCAACUGUUGGUCUCAACCUGACAGGUGACGCCAGAGUGAUGAGUGAGUGUCUUGCAGAAGGCAGCUCAUACACUACAUGUGAUCUUCGAUUCCCUUUGAAGUCACUAUACACCAACCCAGGCCAUACCUUCUGCGUCACAUCUGGACAAGAGUCUCGCAUCAUGGUCAACAAUCUGAUAGCUAUCAACGAUACAACGAAUGGAAUCAACUUGGUCGCUGUAGAUCCUGCACUAGGAACUCGCAACUCACAUUCAUUCAACACAUCCACAAGUGAGAGGCAAUGGGAGGAACUAUACAGCUACAUCCAGUGGUUGCCAAUUGGUGAGAUUGUCUUGCUAUCUGUUCAACAAUCAAUGGGCACACCAUUAUCACCUGAAUCCAAGCGAUACCAGAUGAUGGCCUUUACAAUGAUUGGAGCAUGUCAGUUUAUUUGUGUUGGACCAGAGUCUACAUACUCGGUGAUUGGCACAAGAGGUGCAUGCCCAGGAUCAGCAUUCGAGUCGUACAAUGCCAAGAAUGUCCAGGUGUGUGUUGGAUCAUGGGAGCCAAUGACGCCUGCUUCACUGAUGGGCAGCACUCAGUUUGGUGUGAUGGAGAAUGAAUCGCCACUCUUCACAGUGCCCAUGUUAACCAACAUGCAUCAACAUCAAUCUCCAAUGCCAAUCAUCCCAAACAACAAAGCAUAUGGCAACCUAUACAGGAUUGAACCGGCAUUCAAUUGGAAGUCACCUCAUCCCGAUGGGCGACGAGUCAAGGCUCUACUGGUCGGUGUAUCAUACUACAACACACCAUCACAACCUAGCAAAGAUAUUGAGUUCCACAUCCAAGAGCACGCCAGAGCAUUGAUCCAAGGUGGUUACGUUCUACCACACAACAUUAGAAUCCUCACUGAGGGUCUGACCGAGGUGUCCGAUGACGGUACCUAUGUGAAUGGUCCAUCAUGGAUAUGUAUCAAGAAUGAGAUUUUCUAUUGGUUGCUGGAAGAUGCCAAGACUGAUGACUCACUAUACUUUGUCUUUGUUGGACGAGGCUUCACAAGUGAAUCAUACCCAUUUGGAUUGGUCACCAUGACAAAGGACUUGAAGGCAGCCGAUCUCAAUGCUUUUACCAUCGAAGAAUUCAAGUAUUGCUUCUCCUCUUUGUCGGCUGGAGUCAACCUCACUUUGCUUUUAGACUGCUCAUACUCUUCGGAUAUGUUGUCAACAUGGUCCCCUGGCAUCUUGCUACAGACCACAGGCCUGUUUGCCACAUCACCAGGCAACUCAAUCCCACCAGCCACUCAACAAACAAUUCACUCCAAUGAUCACUCGCAUACUCAAGGAGAGUGGAUCGACAAAGUUGACUUAUAA